UUUGUUUCGCGUUCUAAAUGCAUUGAAUUAGAAAGCCCCGCAUGGAAUCCAAGUUAGAUAACUACAGAAAGACAAAACGUCGUCAAGCUUUGCUGAACGACGUGAAAGAUAAGAUUUACAAUAUGGUAUCCUUCCACCAAGUGCAAUCGGGAGAGAAAGCAUCCCACGUCAUUAUAGAGGCAGAUAAUGAAUUACCAUCGGAUGAAAAUCCUUCCAAGAGAAAGAAAGAAGAUGCUAAUCUACCGACCAAAGCAAUAGUUAAAACUGUACGGUUCUGCCCCAGCCCGGAACCAACACUAUCAGAUCCGGACCUUUCGGACAGCGCGACAACGAACGAGACAGAGCAGUCGGAAACAAAACGGCGAUCCUCCUGGUUGACGUACAUAACUUAUCUCGUGUAUUUCCUGUUCUGGGCAACACUCUAUGCCAUCGCGAUAGAACUACGUUUCGGUGUGGUAUUUUUAAUGCUUUCGGCACUGUUCGGGAUCUACUUCAAUACCCGCACCAAGAAGGCUCCCGGCGAGAUAAGUGCGUACAGUGUAUUCAAUGAAAACUGCGAAGCUAUUGACGGUACUUUAAAGGCUGAACAAUUUGAACGUGAGAUAGGUAUAAGGCACUGACUGUAUAGUGGUUUUAUAAUGGAAGAUUCAAGUAU